GGAAACAAAAUGGGUUCCAUGCGGCAAACUCCUUUGACUUGCAGCGGACAUACGCGUCCUGUUGUCCAUCUAGCCUUCUCAGAUAUCACUCCACAUGGGUAUUUUAUGAUAAGUGCUUGCAAGGAUGGCAAGCCUAUGUUACGCCAAGGAGAUACUGGUGAUUGGAUUGGUACGUUUGAAGGACAUAAAGGUGCUGUUUGGGGUGCUACACUGAACAAAGAUGCCACAAAAGCAGCAACUGGUGCAGCUGAUUUUACAGCUAAAAUCUGGGAUGCGGUGUCCGGUGAAGAAGUCCACAGCUUUACUCACAAACAUAUCGUAAAGAGUGUUGAUUUCUCAUCUGAUGGAACACAGCUGCUCACAGGGAGUAAUGAGAAGGUGCUAAGAAUAUUUGAUUUAGGAAAACCAGACGCAGAGCCUAUUCAGUUCAGCGGUCACACCUCGAAUAUCCGUAAUGUGAUGUUCUUGGAUGGCAACAAACAAAUUGUCAGCGCUUCGGAUGAUAAGACGGUCAAAGUUUGGGACGCUACAUCAGGCAAGGAGAUCCAAUCGUUGGAAUUCCCUCGGUCACCUAUCAGUCUUGAACUAGCUAAAGGAGGAGAUGUUUUAGUUAUCGCAUAUGGCCCCAUGGUCAGUUUUUGGAAGACAACACCCACGCUAGAAAAGAUCAAGGAGUAUGAAGUGCCAACACAAGUCAAUUUUGCGUCAAUCAACCCGCAGAAGACAAUCUUUGUGUGUGGAGGCGAUGACUUCAAGAUGUAUAAGAUGGACUACAAUUCCGGGGCAGAAAUAGAGUCAUUCAAAGGACAUUUUGGCCCUGUACACUGUGUUAGAUUCUCUCCUGAUGGUGAGUUAUAUGCUAGUGGUAGUGAGGACGGCACAUUACGACUCUGGCAGACAACAGUUGGAAAAACGUACGGUCUUUGGAAAUGUGUAGCACCAGAGGACUCGGUGAACAAUGUAGAUGCUACUCCUACGAAAAGCGAGGCUUGAUUUUGGACAGUAUAGUUAUAAGGAAAAGACAGUUGAUGGAUCUGAUCAAAGUUACACCAAAGUUGGACCAUGCAAACAAGCGAUUGAGUCGUAGCGACCUGUGACAGAGCCAUGACGAAAUGACAAGUGAUAGCAACUUAACCAGUCGGCGGCCGCAUUCCAACCACAAUCGUCAUGUAUGGCUCCGUCACAGAUCAAAGCGCUAAAAUCGCUUGUUUGCGUGGCGCUUCAACUCUUUAGUUGAAGAAAUAUUUCCAAUUAUCUGAAGUGUGGAGCUUCUGAAACUAAAGAAAGUGAUUUGAUCACUGGCGUGUGUUCUUAUGCAUUUGGUUACUUAGACUUUUAGUGCUCUCUGCAGGUCUGCAAAAGAUGGAAAAUAUCUUCAGUUCAUCAAUUUUGAUAAAGGGAUCACAAGGGGAAAGUGUCACAAGUGUUUACUGUUGUGGAGAAUCAAUCUCUUAACUGUCAUAUUCGUUUGAUAACAAUUAGGGUGUGGUAAAGCUAAAAAGGUGGGUGUGUUCCUUUCCAUGUGGGUUUAUUUGGACAUUUUGGCCAAAAAUGGUUCUUCUUGGUUAUCAGAUUACCGUAUUGAAGUUGAGGUGGGAACUUCUGGUUACUCUAAAUUCAAUUUACAAUUUCAUUUAGUUGAAAAGGCUUAUUUUCGGUCAUCACCAGCCUGCAACGGUAUUUUGGAAUCCGCUAGUUUGAGGUCACUUCUACUUUUGGUCGCCUGUUGAUAGAAAUUGUUUAUGUCUAAAGUUGAUGGCUGCAGUGUGACCAUUUUGUUUGCUCGAUGGUCCAUUUAUUUUUGUGCAAUGCAUAAUUGCAAAUUUUCAUAAAUUUCGUCACAAUACUGUGUUGAUAGAUGGGUGAAAAUUGUGUUGUCUCCACACAACGGGGAUGCUGCCCACACGUAUCAAAUAGCAACUAGUGACUGCAAUGCCCCUGUGGCAGAAUUAUUUAUGGUUUGUCACAAACUUAAUCAGGAGUGACAGCGGUAGUUAAAUAUUUGCAAAAAAGGGUUUUGCUGCUGUAUGUAUGGGAGUUUAUUUACAACUAAUAAAAAUCUUUAUGUUA